CUUCGACUUUAGUCUGAACGGAGAAGUUGAACGACACGGUCAUACUUGAAGAGAUCGGUGAUCCACAGCAGCAACGGAAAAAUGCAUCACCUCACAUUGCUGGCGGCACUAGCCAUCACCCUGAGCGUCGCCUUUGCAGCGACGGUUCCCAGUGGACCGAACCGGAAGCUUAACAUUCCAGCUUUUAACAACGCCGGAAAAUCUAAAGGCCUAGAAGUUUGGCGAGUAGAAAGAUUUCAACCAGUCGCUGUACCGAAGGCGGAGUUCGGAAAAUUCUACACCGGUGAUUCGUACAUCAUUUUAAAUACAAUUGAAGAUAAAAACAAGAAAAAAUCGUACGACGCACACUUUUGGCUGGGCCUGAAAACCAGCCAGGACGAGGCCGGAUCCGCGGCCAUUCUCACCGUCCAGUUGGAUGAUCUGCUGAACGGAGCUCCGGUGCAGCACCGCGAAGUCGAAGGAUCGGAAUCCGAUCUGUUCCUCAGCUACUUCAAGGGAGGCGUGCGCUAUCUGGAAGGUGGAGUCGAUUCCGGAUUUAAACAUGUCGAAACCAAUGCUGCCAAACCUAAGCGUCUGUUCCAGGUCAAGGGAGCCAAAAAUAUUCGCCUACGGCAGGUCGAACUGGCCGUAUCCGCCAUGAAUAAGGGAGAUUGCUACAUCCUGGAUACCGAUCGAAACAUUUACGUGUACGUUGGACCGAAAGCAAAUCGCAUUGAGAAACUGAAGGCCAUCAACGUCGCAAAUGACAUCCGCGAUCAAGACCACUCCGGACGGGCCACUGUUCAUAUCAUUGACGAAUUCUCAUCCCUUACUGAUCAGGAGGACUUCUUCAAGGUACUUGGUUCUGGUUCUCCCAAUCUGGUUCCAGAGCAAUCCGCGGCCAAGGAAGAUGCCGCAUUCGAAAAGGCUGAUGCAGCUCUAGUUGCUCUAUACAAAGUGACCGAUUCGAAAGGUGGAAAAUUGGUAGUCGAACAAAUCACUCAAAAACCGCUGAAACAGGAAAUGCUCAAGCCGGAAGAUUCAUUCAUUCUGGACAGCGGAUCGGGUCUUUACGUUUGGAUCGGUAAAAGUGCUUCUCAGCAAGAGAAGACUCAAGCUUUAGUUAAAGCACAGGAGUUUAUCAAGUCGAAAAAGUAUCCAGCAUGGACCCCGGUAGAACGAAUUGUACAGAAUGCCGAAACUGCACCCUUCAAACAUUUCUUCCAAACUUGGCGCGAUGCUGGAGCAAAGGGAACGAGACUAGUUUAAUGUGAUAUUUACAUUCCAGGUAUGAGAUUAUGAAACCACUCAAGUAAAAAGUCGAACAACGAAUAAACCAAGUUUAAAUACA